CGUUUCAAAAAAAAAAAAAAAAAAAAAAAGGAAAAAACAAAUAUAUUGUAGAGGAAAGAAAGAAGUCAGUUUUCUUAUUUUGAUUCCAUUUUCCAAUACACGUUUCUUUCCCUUCCUUUAGCUAAAACACCAGACACGAAAAUGGUGGACUUACAGAGCAACGUUUCACCUCCACCCUCAAACUCACUGCUCCUUCACCACUCUCUACAAUGCCUGUCCCGGCGAGAUUUCUUGGGCUGCCGCAACUACGCCCUCAAAGCCCAAGAGUCCGACCCAAACAUCAGAGCCGACGCUAGCCAAGUCCUUGCCGUCGCUGAUGUUCUCCACGCGUCGGAGCGUCGCCUCAAGAACAACCGUCUCGACUACUACUCCAUACUCCAAAUCAGUCGUACCGUGUCUAAUGAUCGCAGACUCAUUUGGGAUCAGUUUUCGAAGCUCGUGUCUCUCGUGAACCCCAAGAAUAACAAGUUCGCAUUUUCUACGCAGGCCUACGGUCUUCUUCUCGAAGCCUGGAGGUUGUUAUCGGACCCUAAGAAGAAGGCCCAGUACGACAUUGAGAUAGGGGACUUGCCGGAAGUAGCAGAAGAAGUUGGAGUUUCGGACCAUGGAAAUGGGUCUGGAGAGAAUAGUGAGACUUUCUGGACUGUGUGUCCUUUUUGUUACUGCAUGUUCGAGUACGAGAAGGUGUACGAAGGUUGCUGCCUCAGGUGUCAGAAUUGCAAGAGAGGGUUUCAUGGGGUGGCGAUCAGCCCUCCGUCGCCGGAGAUAAUGGUUCCGGGUGAGAGUCGAUACUAUUUCUGUUAUGGGGUUUUCUCAGUAAAGUAUUCGGAGGAAGAAAACAAUGCUAACGUAAACGACGUCAAGAAAAGAAAGUGUGGUUUGGAUGAUCAUGGGGUGGUGGACAUUUCUGAUGAUGAAGGUUUGGCUUCUUUAAAUGAUGAUUCUAGUCACAGUGGAAACAACGGAAAGAGUAACGAUUCUUCCGUGGAUUCAAAAAAUGGUGAUGACCAAGAUUUCGUUGAUGACUUUUGGGAAGAGGUUUUGGAAACUGAGAAUUUGGGUAAGCAUGAAAGUGAGAUUGGGACAACAGAGGUGGGUGUUGGUCAAAACUUGCCGAAGAGGAUAGUCAAAGCUCGGGCAAGGAGGAGGAAGAAUAUUAAAUCUGUUGCCUUGAAAUCGAAUAAGAUGGCAGGGAAUCCGAUAAAGAGAGCUCAAACUACCGAGUUGGUGGGUGAUGAUGGUGACAUUGCUAUGGGAGUGGCAGGUUCAGAUGUCAAUGUAGAUAAGGGGAAAGGGAUUGUAAAUGGAGAAGAUGAAAAUGAGGUUAAUGCAUGGCAUGAAGAUGCUCAUUCUGGGGUAGUGUUUACUGAAGUAGAAGAUGAUGUUUUUGAUGGCUUGUUAUGUGACUGGUGAGAAAGGUUGUGUGUUUUAGAUGGCCAGUAAGAUCUCACCUGCUAACUCAACACAUCAAGAGAAUUGAAAUCCCACUUGAGGCCUUUAUAUAUUAUUGCUCUAGAAAAAGUAAAACCUAUAUAAGAGUAUGAUUUUCCCCAGCUUAUCCACUUUGUAAGUUUAUCUAUCUUGACAGCAAUCCAAAUUUGCAUUUGAACUUUUAAAAUUGACUAUGCUUGCUAUAGAUGCUUGCUAUAGCUUUCAUGCUUCCACUGAUUAUUAGCAGAUUAGUCAAGGCAUGCCAAAUUUUAUAGCUUAGUUUGUUCAGAUUGAUUAUGUAGUAUUUUAUUUUUGAAUAAAAUGUUAUACUUUACUAAUUCAAAAGAUCAAUCAGACAAGGAGAUUAUAAUUUAGGGGGAGCAGAACUCACUCCAUUGACACAAUCUGGAAGAAAAUAAGAUGACAUUGCUAUUUACAGUCCUUAAUAGUCAAGACAAAAGGAGAAGCCACACUACUACUUAUGGCAUGAAUUAGUUGUUGACAAUCUGAUUCAAUUAUGACACUGUCCCAUGCCUAUCUCUUGCAUCAGCUUAAAGCCUCCUUAAAACCAGCUGCCUCAGCUACAAUUGGUGUCACCUUUCCAAAGUAGCAGCCCUGUUUUGCUCUUAAGAAACUGCAUUAUGAUCCCUCCCAACACCCAUACCCAAGUCUAUUCUCCUUAUCAAAGACUACUCCAUCUACAUUAACCUUGACCAGAUUAAACGGUGGCUUUGUCCAAUUCUCUUUUCCAUAACUCAGAUCACUCAAGACCGAUGAUGACACAAGCUCAUGCGAUUGAGACUCAACUAAAUCAGUUCGUUUCGAGCCCACCAGACUGCCCAACAAAUCAUAACUGAUGCUGCAAUAUGUUGUUUGCUGUUGUCGUUCCUUAGCAAUGUAUCCAUUCAGUGAGCAAUGCUCCAUAACUAUUUUCUUUUUAACUUUUUGGAGGUAUCUUAAGGUUCCAAAUUUUCUUCCAAAAUCCUGAGUUUGCAUCUGUAUUUGCCCGCCCCUUUCAAAUCCUGCAGAUACCCUCACUCCUUGACCAACCAAGAGGAAUUCUCAUUGGCAUUAAUUAUGUAGUAUUUGAUAUCUGUGCAUAUUUAGUAAAAAGAGAAAUAAAAGUGCUACAUAUCUGUAUCGAUGACAAUUUAGUUGGUUGCUUUCAUGUUAUAUAACAGAUACAAAUGUUAGUCUUUACACUUAUUAAGUCCUACUUAAUAUUUAUUUUUAUUUUUUUGCUG